AUGGCCCCGCCGAACAGCUACUUCGACUACCUUCCCGAGUACCAUUUACCCGUAUGCAAACACUGCAAGCACGCCGUCUGUCUGAACCAAAUCAGGACCCAUCUGCGAGGCAGGCACCACGAAUUACCUUCAAAAGAGACGGCUGCUGCCCUGGCCGACGUAGAGCACCAAUGGACGGAUGCUGCCAAAGAUGUGUCCGAGGUCUACAUUCCUAGUCGGUACUUCCAGGUUGACCAGGUAGAUGGCAGUGAUGAGGAAGGAGAAGAGGAGGAAGAGAAGGAGAAGAACACCGGCCCAUUAGCCGCCAGCCAAGAGGGUGACCUAAUUAGAAAGCUUGUCGAGAGAGACCUCCAGGACCGCGAUCGUAGAAUCUCUGACACACGCCAUGUCUACCACGACGAGGCUACCAAGACGGAGGUCUCGCCUUGGCUGGAGAUGAGCCGCUGGCCGUCUUUUUUCCAUGGUCUUAACCUCUCCAAGAUCUCCACUCUUGCCUACGCGGCUGAUCCCACGGAAGAGCCGUUGCUAGCUAUAAUUUCCAAGAGCCUAGACCGGCUAGUUGAGCGGGCAUACCAGUCCAUCUGCCAGGACAAGAUUAGCGUGUUUGACCAGGCACGCAUCAACAGCUUCAUAGCUGGCGAGCCCUCGGGCACAGAACGGCUUCUUAUGAUAGGGCGUCUUCUUCGCUGCAUCUUCCUCCUGGACCAAAACAUCAGAGGUAGCCAUUUUGAAAGCCCAGUGCUUAGCUUCCUCGCCGUUCUCGGUAUUGACGACAAGAAGGACUGUGGCUUCCACGGGCCGCUUGCGUACUCGCCCCAGCUGUCUAAAUUCAUCAAGAUUGCACAGAUGCUCGUAAUUGAGCGCGAUAUACUCGCCGCAGACGAAGGGGCUAUCGAGUACCCAUCCGAUCUGCUUGAUGAGAUGAGACAGCGUUUUAUGGUCCGAGGAUCUCGCUCGGCUUUCGAUUGGGCAUGCCAGCUUCGCGCCUACGCAAAGAAGGUCGUCAGCAACACCACUGUUACUGGCUACAUCAUCUGUGACCAGGUGCGUCAAGCCCAACAAGAACUGCGGGGCCUGCUUCUGGUCCACCCCGAGGAGAACCACGAGGAGAUCGUGCCCACUUUCCACCUGCAUCGCCUUCAAGAUGACCACAGUAACAGUCAAAAUAGGUGGAGCUUCCUGCAGGAUCCCAAAAAUGCUGCGGAGUUUGGCCUGCCUGGCGGAAGCGACAGCUGGCUAAUGAACCGCGUCCUCGACAAUGACUGGCUACGGGACGAGUUCGUGCGUCUUGGAAAGAAGAGGGAGCUGCGCUGGAUGAAACCAGCCGUGAGCCAGUACCUGAUCAAGGUCGACUACUUCCUCGAGCGUCUACUGCUUCUGGUCCAUCUGACAUCCGGGCAGCCCGCACGUGGUACCGAAUUGGUGAGCUUACAGCAUUCAAACACUCGGCAGGGCCACCACCGGAGUAUUGUCAUUGAGAACGGGCUCCUCGGCACUGUUACCUCUUAUCAUAAGGGAUACAACGUCACUGGAUCGACAAAGAUCAUCCACCGAUACUUACCGCGAGAGGUUAGCGAGUUACUGGUGUACUACCUUUGGCUAAUUCUCCCGUUCUGGCAGAAACUUGAAACCUUGGCUUUCAAACGCUUGGAAAAUUCGUCGUCGUUCCUGUGGCCAAAGGGGGCUGGAGGCUGGGAUAGCAGCAAGCUGGGAGCGGUUCUGGCCAGGGAGAUAAGUGCUUACCUGGGCGUAAAGCUGAACGUUAUGACGUACAGACAUAUUGCCAUCGCAAACUCACGUCAGCACUUGAGAUGCGGCGGGUUCAAGAGAGAUUAUUGA